UCAAUCAAUCUAUGGAGAGCCGAUCUUGAAGGCGCGGAACAUUUAUCUGGGCACCCCGGACGGUGCUAAACAAAACCGUUCAAGUGCGACGGGUGCGUGUGUGUGUCUCUGCGUGUUCCUUUUAGCGGGAUCUGUGAGUGCGAACAACUCGUCCGAGCUUCCAGCCCUUUAUGGCGAUGAACUGAUUUGUUGCUGUUGUUGUUGUUGUUGUUCUUUCCUCGUUCCCAACCGGAGUCGGUGACGACCUUCUGGCGGUUUUUCCCGCGUCUCCUUCGUUUGGCUCCCAGCCCAGGCGACGAAAGGAGGGGGGGGGAUAGAGACUGCAGGGAAGAGAUGCCAGGGGCGUCUGAGCACCCCGAUUUCGCCCCCUCCCUGGUGGAACAGGAGGCCCCGCGGGGCAGUUCGUGAGGGAUGGCCUCCGCGGCGCCAUGGAGUGGCAAUUCAACUUGCUCCUCUACCUGGCGCUUUUCUUCCUUCUGCUCUUCCUGCUUGUCCUGCUCCUCUUCGGGGUCAUUAAGCAGCUGAAGAAUUCCGUCGCCAGUACCGGCGCCCUCCAACCCGGCCGCCCCUCUUUGCGAGAGCCCUGGGGCGUCUGCCGCGAGCAAACCUUGUGAGGCGACGCGCCCCCGCCUGGACUGAAAGGCGAAGGACGCCCUGCCACUUCCAAGGAGCAGCCACAGAGUUCCUCAUUCAGCAAAGCAGGAAGUCAAAGCAAACUGUAAUCAGUAGCUGAAGAAAAGCAUGCUGUUGCCAGCCCGAAAGGAGCAGUAAUUAAAGGUGUAUGAAAACUUUGUAGCAAGGACGAAGAUCAUAGAAACAAAAUAGCAGCAUCCUUGUUGCCAUUUGAAGAUGUAAAAGAAAAGGAAAAAGAAGGAAAGGAAAGGAAAGGUCUGGCCAGAGGAGCAUCUUCAUCCAGCUUGGGUAGAAUCCAAAAGGGCGCCCACUGGCAGAUACAAGGACUGAAUGAAGCAUGCUUUUCAAGUGGCGAGCAUAGGUCCUUGACUUAACAGCCCAUUGUUAAAUCAGCAAGAUUAUGGGGAAAUGACAGCUGCCAGCAGAGAACAUAGCAGCCCGGCAGCCAGCAGAGAACAUAGCAGCCCGGCAGCCCAGGAUGAAAUGGUUCCAUGGGACAGCGACCAGCCCUUGAGAGAAAAGAGCCUGGCAGUCACUGCAGCCAAGUGAACUGCAUCUGUCCGUUUGGAAUCAGGCGUUGAAGACCAUCCAGUGUAAAAGACUCA